AUGCCUCUGCCUAGCGGCACCAUCCCCCUCGCCCCAGGCGAGCCUGAUUCUCUACCAGCGCCGGCGUUCCUGGUCCGAUUUCCAGAAGAUGCCUGGUCUCAACUCGCCGAAGCAGCGGCAAACGGCGGCGAGGUCAACUUUACCGUUGACGGGGGCAUUAGCCUCAACCUCCCAGGCCAAGACCCUAUACCCCUCGAGGCGCACGGCACCGGUGCGCCGAGCGAGCUGUACUCGUACAAUGAUGGGCAGCUCGAGCCCGUCGGUAGUGCAGCGGGGCGCCUGUCGGUGCCCUUUACGGCAGGAGCAACAUUUCGCGCAGCCGAAAAGAUGGCGCAGAAGAAUGUUGCGUUGGAGCGCCAGCGUGCGCAGCGUGCAGAGCGCGUGACGGGCAAGCCUGUCGUCGCAAGUGCGUUUACCGCGCGCCCUGUUGAGCCGUCCAACUUUCACGCGUCGCCUAUUCCGUCGCACGUUCCUAUGGCUCGAACACAGAGUGGACCGGCGUCCAUGUCGACAGAGCGCAUUCCGCUCAAGACUCGUGUCGUCCAGCACCUUGCUCUGGGCCCAUCGACGAUGCAGGAGAUCAUCGACAAUGUCGGGGGUGAUACGACCGAUAUCGGUCGCACGGUCAACGUUAUUGGCGAGCCAUGUGGCGGUGAGCCAGCCAAGUUCAGGCUGCGUCCAGCCCAGUAUGCGAAGAUCAAGAUUGCCGACUGGAAGUACACGUAUGACGAGGUUGUCACUGUCGUUGCAUUAGCGCGUCAGGCGUUUGAGGAGAUCCAGCUUCCGGCCGACGAUUGGGCGCGCAGUGCACUUGAUAAGAAGGAGACGGAGGCGCUGGCGACGGCUCCGCGCGAGCGAUCACCGCCAGAAAUCAAGCUUCCCCCCAAGGUUGUCUCACCGCCAAAGGCCAUGGUCGUUUCCCCUCCCAAAGCGAUCUCUUCAUUGCCUCCCAGUCGUGCCGAGUCGCCGGCACCGGGAGCUCCUGCAACGAAAAAGGCCGCCAAGGACAACGCGCAGCGUACCAAGGUCGGCAAACAGAUCGCCAAGAUGCGCAGUGAGCACGUUGCUAAGCGCGCGUCGAGCUUGCCCAACACGAAAAGCGCGGAUGGCACUGCGAGCCCGCGCCUGGGUCCGACGAGCCCCGAGGGGACGUCGCCGAAGAAGGAGCCUUCUCCCCCUAAACGAGCAAAGGCAGUCAAGGAGAAACCACCAUCAAAGGUGGAGAAGAAGUCAAAGUCACCGCCCGAGGCCAAGCCGGCUCUCUCCAAGGAGCGCCAGGUGAGCGGCAAGCGCGCACGGGACUACACAAGCUCCGAGGAUAGCGACAGCAACAAUGACCGUGGACAUGGGCGCGGUGUGCCACCGACUGCGAACGGCAAGAAGGCGAAGACGAAGACCGCCGCCAACGGGAAUGCCAAGAAGCGCCCGUCUCCCGAGUACACCUCGUCGGAAGAUGAAGGAGCCAAGCGGCAGCGGACGGUGAAAGAGAAGGAAAAGGGCCGCGAUGAGGAGCGCACACUGCCCAGCUUUAAGCGCCGUGUGCCAACGUCCCGCGACCUCGAGCGCGAGAAAAAGGCCAACGGGCACGCGGUGGUCGAUCGCUCACCGCGGACACCCGCUGUCAAGAACCAUGAGGCUCUGCGUCGACGCUUCGAGGAGCUUCUACCUCAGUACCACAAGCUGAAGGAAUCGGUGGCUGGUCAAUUCAACGCCAACGAGGCUCUGAAAGGGGGCGAGAUGCCUUCGAUUGCGUGCAUGGAUGAGGCUGAGGCGGCGCGUGCCGUGGAGCAGUUCCGAGCGUUGCACCGCGAGCUGCAGGAGAUCCAGCGCGAGUUUUACAGCUAA